GCUUUAGUAAACGGAAUGGAAAAUGAGAAUACGGGAAAAUCAGUAGUUCUCUCGUUACCAGCAGCAGAAGCCUUCUCCCAUCAAGUGGAUCUUCUGCUCCACCGAGUGAAAAUGCCACGGCACCAGGUGGACAAGUUUGCAGACUUGCUGGCGGACACGACCAGGGUAUUACGAGAAAAGUGGCCAGAAUGCAAGCUGGUCCCCUUUGGCUCUGUACCGAUGGGCUUGGCGACUAUAUACAGUGAUAUAGAUUACCACGUGUACCUUCCCGAUUACGUCACAACUACACCACAUAACAGGGUACUUACCGGGUUUAAACUUCUGAAACAACAUCCAGAAAUGUUCGACAAUGUCAAAACAAUUCUCAAUGCAUCGGUCCCUGUAAUAACUUUCCGACAUAAAGCCACAAAAUUGUACUCCGAUUUGAUUUUCAACGAUUUUGCAGGCGAAAAAGAAACUUAUUUGGUCAAAUAUAUCCUCAGUUUUGACCACAGACUGUAUCCUGUGCUAAUUAUCGUGAAAUUUUGGUCAAAAAUUCACAAAUUAAACACAAAUGGUAUGACAAACUUUGCGUGGAUAUUAAUGGUAACUUUUUAUUUUCAACAAGCCAAUAUUUUGCCGCCAAUAUUGAAAUUGCAAGUGCCUCAUAAAAAACUUUUUAUUGACAACUGGAACGUGGCCUACGAAAAAAAAUACGAAGACUUAUAUUACAAUGGCAACCCCGAUUCAGUUUACCAGCUUCUAGGGAAGUUUUUUACUUAUUUCUCAAAGUUUGAUUUUGAAAAUUACGUAAUAUCGACAUUUACCGCGUCUUCUUACAAAAAAGAAAUUUUUAGAAAUUUAGAAAGAGUUCCAGAACUUCUUGAACUUUAUAAAUUUAACGUGAAAAAUAAUAUCACAGAGGCUUUAAGUUUGGAAACUUUAUGUAUACCACAUCCUUUGAUUCAUAAUAAAAAUGCUUGUAGUAAGAUAUUAAGAAGCCAUGCUAUGAAGAUAAUAAAAUAUAUCCAAAAAGCCGCUAGAUUAUUUAGGGAAGUAGGUGAAAAUAAUUAUUUAAGCGCCAUUUUGACUAUGAGUGUUGAAAAUUGAUUUUAUUAAUUCUAUACGUAGU